CCUCCUCCACGCGCGCGAGCUCCCACAUCCUGCAAUCACGGUCACGAGAUCACCUCCACCAAUCACGCUCGACCUUCCCUUCCCCGGUGGACGCGCCCCGCGCCGCAGCGAGCCCGACCGCGCGCACUCCGGUGGAGGCGCCCCGCGCCGGCGCUCGCUCACGCGGACCCCGGUGGACGCGCCCCGCGCCCCCCGCCCACAGCGAGCCCGCUGUCCGAGCGCGCCCCGCGCGGACCCCGGUGAACGCUCGCCCGCGCGGACCCCGGUGGACGCCGCCCGCAGCGAGCCCGCUGCCCGAGCGGCAACGCCGGUGCCCGCUCGCCCGCGCGCACCAGCGACCGGACGCGCCUAUCUCCGGUGGCCAAGCGCCCGCGCCGCGCCCGCGCCGAUCUCCGGUGGCCGUGUUCGCGAAGCUGGACGUGGCGGAGAUCCAACUCGGGGCCGGGCUGGUCUGCCGCGCGUGGCACCGCCUCGCGGCCUCCGACCCCACGCUGUGGCGCCGCGUCGACAUGACCUACCAGGGGACCAGCUGCAGACCGAGGAGGUCGAGGCCAUGGCGCGCGCCGCCGUCGACCGCUCCGCGGGCACCAUGGAGGCUUCGGGGCCGAGACCUUCGUCAAUGACGAGCUCCUACGCUACAUCUCUCAGAGGACGUAGGCCACCGCGGAAGGGCGCAGGCUGGGCGUUGGGAGGCCGUUCGUCCCCUCCCCCAUCCCACAGAAGCACAUCUGCAACUACCCUGCAUCGUCCUAGGAAGCGCAUCCACCCACGGCAGCGACGAGGUGAGCCUCGACGAUCCAAGCCAGCAGAGCACGUCACUAACGGAUGGGAAUGGUUGAUUGGAAGCGAGCCACAAAUGGAGAUGAGAAGAUGUACAAGAUGGGGACAAGUUCAUUCCUGGCAACUGCGUGGUCGAGGAGAGGGUCUAUCUUUGCAUAAUAGUUGUUUUCCUUUGAGCGAUACUCUGUCAAUGAGUCUUCUGAAGUACGUAAGAACAUCUACUGAUGGCACUCGCACGGUACUGAAGUUGCGAGAUGGAUUCCAUCGUUGCGUCGCUCAACAGAAAGAGGGUACAGAGAUGCGGCAGAACUUAUUUGUGAAUUUACACAUACACUCGAAUGUGUGACAGGAUCAUACGAAGAUGUGGCAGAACUAUUUGUGGAUUUAUUGGCGUAUGAAAGAAAUAGAUAUCGGAGAUUUCUUCCUACCGAUAUUAAACAUUAUCUUAGCUAUAUCAAAAAAAAGUCUAUAAAGUAGAGUUCAUAA